GGCCACAGAGGGUCCAUCAAAGAGGAGAUUAGCCACCAGCCCCCAGAACACAUGGGGGUGAAGGAUAGAAGCCAUUUAAGGGAGAGUGAUUCUGAGGAGGAAGAGGAAGAGAAGGAAGAGGAUCACAGCUCCCAUGAAGAAGAUGAUGAAGGUUCAGAGGAGGGAGGAGAAGGCACCCAUCAUGGUAGCCUGGACCAGGAGGAUGAGGAAGACAAGGAGGAAGGUCAUGGCCUCAGCCUGAGGCAGGAGGAGGAGGAAGAAGAGGAGGAAGAGGAGGAGGAAGAAGAGAAGGAGGAGAGGAGGGAAGAAAGGGCUGAGGUUUGGGUCCCACUGAGCCAAGACCACCAGGAGGAAGAAGAUGAGGAGGAGGGGCUGGAGGAAGAUGAGCUCCCCUUCACCAUCAUCCCCAACCCACUGGCCAGGAGGAAGGUGUCUGGAGGUGCCUCCAGUGAAGAGGAGAGUGAUCAGCAGGAUGCCCAGGAGUACAGGAACUAGCAGCCAGGGUCCCUGUGUGGCUACUGCUCCUUCGGCAAUUGAUGCAAUGAAUGU